AUGCCAAAGAAAAUAGCAAAACUAGAGGAAUCUCAACAAAACACGCAUUUAAUGAGACUCAUCGGCUCACACGUGCCAACCGUCAACAAGUCUCGCGUACCGCCUCGACGGGCUAAUUGCCCUCGACCCUGCUACAAGUCAAAAGACCCACUGCCAAGAUCCAAGAGCUCGGGCCACUCCACGACAGGUUUUCGCCCUAAAUUUGGUUACAAGUUCGAGGACCCAGCAGCGAGCUCCACGAACUCGGGCAACACCACGACAGGCGUUCGCCCUAAAUUUGUCUACGAGCUCGAUGACCCGCUGCUGCGCAUAUAA